AAAAAGGCGGGAUAAUAUCCUUGUGGACGGAAAUUAAUGAACAUUCAUUAGUGGGUUCUUAAUGUGUUCUUAAUCUCAGUGCUCUGUUUGUGAAGUUUUCAACGAAAUUGUUAAGUGUAUAGUCAGGUUUAGACCGGAGACAUUGAUUCACUUCAGAUACAAUGUCGGAAAAUUUAUUGGAUAGUUUUUUAUCAAUUGCCUCCAAAAAUUUAAAUCAAAAUACGUCUGUUACCCCCAAAAGGCAACUAAAAGAUGCGGAUUUAUUUAAUCAAAACAGUAACAUCAAUCACAUCGCAGAAAGCGACAGUGUUCCAAAAACAAAAAGUUUUUCGAAUGUUCAUAGUGGUGAUACUGAUUCUUCAGAUGAUGAAGACAAUAAAUACCACGAGGAUCGAAAAUACAAUGAUUCUGGUAAAGAUGUGAAACAUUUAUUAAAAACAGCUACACCAACAGCGUCCAGUUCAAGUCGCCAAUCAACUAUAACUUGGAAAACUAAAAUCAUUGAAAAACAAACAGGCUUUCAACAGCAGACUUCAACAAAAUCACAAGAUGUUUAUUCCGACCCAGUAUUUGGCCUUCGCAUUGUUAAUCCUGUAGUUUCAUUUACUACUCUCCAGGAGAGAAUGGUAGGACGUGAAGCCGUUAUGUUUUCAAGAAUUAAAACAUUUCUCACGAGAAAUAUUUCUGAGAAGAAUUGGGUUAUUGCUGGAGUAGUAGUUAGCAAAAGUUCCGUCAGAACAUCUCAAAAGGGUAACCAGUUUUUAAUUUGGACGUUGAGUGAUUUGAAAGACGAUAUUAAAUUGGUCUCAGUGUUUUUAUUUGGCAAUGCAUACAAAGAACUAUGGAAAACAGCAAGUGGCACAGUUGUUGGUAUAUUGAAUCCAAAUGUUCUUGAGAAAAAAGAUAAUUCAAAAGAUGAAGCUGCUUUGAGUGUUGAUAAUGCUCAAAAGGUAAUGAUUUUGGGUCAAUCCAAGGAUUAUGGAACAUGCAAAAGCGUAAAAAAGAAUGGAGAAAAGUGUAAUGCAAUUGUGAACAUUAACAGAUGUGAGUAUUGCAUUUACCAUAUUAAGCAAGAAUACCAGAAGUGCAGUAGGCGUUCUGAGCUUCAGUCGAAUUUUGCUGGAAGAGGCUUGACAGCUUUGAGGAAUAAAGUUUUGGGUAAAAAUGAAGUAUUUUAUGCUGGAAAAAUAUACUCUGCAAUUCCUGCUAAACGUAAUCGAAAAUUAGAAGAAAAAGAUGAGAGUCUUCUUCAAGCUCUUAAUGGUGGUAAUAUUCGUAAGAGUGAAGUAACAAAAAAUAAACCAAAGAUUCGCCAGAAAUCUGCUGCAAAUAUCGAAGUUACGCAGCGACAAAGAUUAAAAGAUUUGACAUUAUUGGAAAGAUUGGGAGAGAAUAGAGUUCAAGGGACAUUUAGUGCUUCACACUCAGCUGAAGCCACUCUAGAAACAUCUAAGAAAUUAGUGAGUGACGUUUUAUCGAAGUUAAAGGACAAUACAUCAAAUAAAACUAGCGCUGAUCCAGACUUCCCAAAAAAUGACUCCGUUUCAUCGAAGAAUGGCGAUAAAGUUGUUAGCAAACCUACAAGUAUAAACAUUCCAUUAUUAUCAAAGGGUGAAAAAGAUAUGGUAGAUUUAGAUACAAAAGUUACUCCAAAACAAAUGAACAAAGCUAAGUUAAACGCACUUAAGUAUAUACAGAAAAAUGGUCCUUUGAAAAAGAGUGAUCCAAAUUGUAGUAAAAAAUCAGUUGAAAAUAGAAAACGAAUAAUGGAAAAUUCAAAUGAUCAUGAACACUUGCCUAAGAAACAAAAAAUUACAGAAAAUGAGUUUCUGUCAGAUCGUUUCAAAAAGAUGAUGGCAGCCACUUCUAAACAUUCUGAUCUUCUAAAUGAAAGAGACAAUGAAGAACAAGAAAAAUAUUUUCAUAAAUUAGAAGUCAAAGAACAAAUGGAAGAAAAAAUGAUUCAUACAUACAAAGUACCAUGUAAAGCUGUGAAAUGUUUGCAAUGCAAAUAUACAAAUUUUUCUGCAUCACAAUUCUGUAAAGAUAAUAAACAUCCGUUAAAAGUUUUUGAUGCAGUAAAAAGAUUUUUCAAGUGUGGUGACUGUGGAAACAGAACUGUAUCAUUAGAGGUAGUUCCAACUGUAGCGUGUAAAAACUGUGGAUCUGGAAAGUGGGAAAGGACUGGAAUGGUGAAAGAGAAGUGUGUUGAAAUUGGACAUACAUUAUCAAUUCGUGGCGGUGAACAAAAAUUUGUGAAUUCUGUUAUAAGUGAUUCUAAUUUAAAUUUAUUAAUGCCUGAUGAAUAACGUACUUUGUAAAUUAAUUUUAGGCCGCUCACAUUUGUUUGUCAUUUUUGUGUCUGAAUAGUUGAUGAAAUGAAUACAGUUAUUGGAUUUUU